GCGUGGCUAUGGCGGCGCCCGGUUCGGAGAUGGAGGCGGCGGGCGCGGCGGGGCCGGAGGAGCUGGUGUGCGCGCGGGGCCGGAACCGCAAGGCCGUCCUGUGCCAGCGCUGCAGCUCCCGGGUGCUUCUGCCUGGCACCGCCACCUUCACCCGCCGAGAGGUAGGCAGCGGGCGGGCGGGCGAGAGAAGGGCUUGCUGGGGCGCCGCGAGACCGGCUUGCCGAGGCCAGGGCGGGGUUUUCGGAGGAGCUUCCCCGGAAAUCUCCCGUUCCUCCGGUGGUGCUUUGCUUAAUAAGAGCCAGAGGUAGAAAUCUCUGCCUAGCCCUCCGUGAUUUGGGGCCAGUCAUUCUCUCAGACUCAACUAAUGCUACAUUGCAGGGAGGUUGCGAGUUAAAAAUGGGAUAUAUUGCGGUGGGAGGGAGGGGGGGGGCUGAUAUCUGCAAUGUUGAGCUUGUUAAAGUCCGGGGUAUAAGUGAAAAUAAUGGCUAUGAAAGGAAAGACGUUUAGAAAGACGCUUGGUGACGUGUCUGGCUGCAGAAUGGGAAGACUGUGAAGACACCCUGCAGAUCCUAAGAGGCAUACUUAUUAUUAACACAUGCAGAUCCUAAGAGGCAUACUUAUUAUUAACAGAUGCUUUACAGUUAUGGAGAUAAGUCUUGCCUAAAAUGAAGCCCUGAAUCCAAAAUCUAGGUGGAGCGCCUACUUUGCAGCCAGAGGCGUACCCAGGCUCCCUUGCACCCUUUGCAGUGAGCUGUCUCGCCCCUGUCUUCCCUUGCACCCUUGGCAAGGAGAUCUAUUGGUGUGGAGAGACACAAUUUUUGCACCCUCCUGGGCCUGCACCCUUGGCAGGGGCCAACCUGGGCAGCCCCUAGGUACACCCCUGUUUGCAGCUAGUCAGCUUGUGUAUGCUAGGGGAGGCUAACCAGUGUUAUUGGACUCUGAUUCCCAUCAGCCCCAGCCAGCGUGGUCAAUAGUCAGGGAUGAUAGGAGUUCUGGUCCAACAAUGUCUGGAGGGCCACAAGUUAGCCACUCUUGAGGAAUAUUCAAAGUAACAGUGAAGAGACAGGGAGUUGUGUGUUUGGGAAACUGUAGAGAGCUCUAACUAUCCCCUAGUAAGUACCAGCACAUCAUGCCAGCCAUUUUGCUCCUUUCACGAUAAAAGCAGAUGACUUGCUUGUUUUCUUGCUCGACAGCUUUUCCUCCCUGCUAUGAAGAAGAAGACCGCCCUGGUGGGUAACAGUGACUUGGAUGGGGAUGUCCUACAGGACCACUGGCUGGUUGAUGACAUGUUCUCUUUUGAAAAUGUUGGCUUCACCAAGGAUGUUGGAAAUAUAAAGUUCCUGAUCUGUGCAGACUGUGAAAUCGGUCCUAUUGGCUGGCACUGCUUGGAUGACAAAAAGAGUUUUUACGUGGCCUUGGACCGUGUGUCCCAUGAAUGAUGUGCUGGCUGGUGACCAAAAGAUCAAUGAUCUUCCUGUCAGCUGGUUCAGACUAGCAGACUAAUGUCUACUUUGUAAUGCCAACAUGCAGCCUUGAAAACGGCUCAAGAAUGGUGCCCUAACAUGUUGCAUUGAAAGAAGUGUCUGCUUAUAUUGCUUGUCAAGUGACUUAUGACUCCCUUGAACCCCUUCUCCCCAUUUAAUUCUUGCCCUGAGUCCUGUUCUUGUCUAAAAUCUUGCAGAUUACAUUGGUGUAAUUUGAAGCAAAGACCUCGCUUUAUUUAAUUAUCGAGUGAAAGAAAAAUAUUGAGAUACACUGAACCAUCUAUCCCCUGUAAGAUGAGCAUAUUAAUGCAACUGGAAGAAUUCUUCUAGCCUUUUUUUUUUUUCUUUUGGGCAGUAUCAUAUCCAGAUUUAUGGUUUUCUGCUGUAUUUUGGACCAAAGGGUGCAUACUUUUGACUUUAAUGUUUACAGACAUGACUGCUAUAUCUCCGUCAAUUGACAUUUUAUAAUUGACAUUUUAUAAUUUCUAUCUUAUAAUUGUUAUUGAAAGCCAAGUCUUGGUUGCGGGACUUUUUAAAUGUGGGAAAAUAAAACGAAGCUUUUGAGAGUGCAGAAGAAAAGUAGAAGAAAAGAAUGUCAUUGGAUGAGCUAACCUUCUAAUCCUUUACAAAUAUUUGUAUUUAAUUAAAUGUAAACCAAGCUUUUCAAUUUGUAUGUUGUGAUCUUUCUAUAAAAUGUUGCCAGAGAUAAUGAACCUAAUGAAUCUUAGCUAAUUAAAAACACAGCAAAUCUUGACAAAGAAAGAAUGCUUCAGUUGGAUUUACUUCCACUUCUCCGCAUAGUCCUUUUCGAUUUUUAUCAAUUUUCCUUGCCAAAAAUGACCCAUUAGUUCUAUAGAAACAGAAUUCUGAU